CAUAUUUUUUUUUUCUGUCUAUGUUAAUGAGACUCAAAAAAAAAAAAAAGGAUAGCAUUAAAUAUUAAAAUUCAAGGUUACACCUCCCUUUUAUUUAUUUAUUUAUUAGUAUUAUUUUGCCUUUAUUUCCACAUUUUUAUUUUUAUUUUAUAGAUCUAAUGGAUGAGCAUUGCCCUACAUUAGGUGGAUUAAGCGAAAAUGGAUUUAAUCCAGAAUUUGACUUGAAACAACUUGUAUUAAACCCAAGUAAUUCUAUGCAUGUAUGGGGUUGGUUAACUUCAGGAUUUCUUGUUUUAUGUACAAUCACAAUAGCUUCACAUACAAUCAAUGAACACCUUCAUUAUUACUAUACACCCAAUAUUCAAAGACAUAAAGUAAGAGUCAUAGCUUAUCCUGCAGCCUAUUCAAUUUUAGCUUGGCUUUCUUAUUUAAAAUAUGAUUAUGAAACUGUCAUCUUAUUCUUUGCUCGUCUAUUUGAAUCUUUUGCUGUCUAUAACCUUUAUAUGUGUUUACAGGCCUAUCUUGAACCAUUCAGAAUCAAAAAUGAAGGUAUUAAAGAAUCAAUGAAAACAAAGGUGCUUGGUGUAUAUACCUUAAAUUUAAAAUCCAAAUGGGGACUUCAUUUUAGAGUCAUUACAGAUGUGCUCGUACUACAAUUUCCAAUUUGGAAUAUUUUAGCAGCUUUAAUAUCUAUCUUUACUCAAAUCAAGGGAAUUUAUUGUGACGGACAAUUUAGUCCACAUGGAGCUUAUGUCUAUUUAUCCAUAAUUCAAUUCAUUUCAUUAUCUAUUAUUCUUAUGGCUCUAUUUACUUAUCUUUCUGUUUAUAAUGAUGAAUGGAAAGAAGGACAGAUUAGAGCACAUGGUAUGUUUUGGUGUGUUAAGGGGCCGAUUAUGGUUAUAUUUUAUUUUGGAGAUAUUUUACUCGCUAUUUUAAGUUAUUUUAAUAUCAUCAAGGAUAAACCAGCGGGAACACCAGGUGGGACCUAUUGGACAGCUGCUGCGAUCAAAAAUGGUUACUAUGUCCUCAUCAUUUGUGUUUGUAUGACAGCUGUAGCUAUUUUAAUGCAAAUCUAUUUCGGUGUUGAUGCUAAAGAAUAUGAACAUAACUUGGAUGAAGAUGGUUACUUUGAAGCACUUAAAGAUGGAUUCUUGGCUUAUAUCCCUCAAUUUCUUAUGAAAGUCUUUAGAUGUGGUGAAGAAACAGUCGUAUUGGCAAAGAAACGACAUCGACUUAACAAAAAAGAUAAAAGGAGACUACAACGAACAAGUGAAGAUAAUUUAUUAACAGUUUCAACUCAUUUAGAAGAAUAUCCUCACGAUCCAUCGUCAAGAUCUAUUCAUCACUAUGCAUCAUCACAACAACAACCUACACUACUUCAUUUAAGAGAUAGAAAAGAGUGUAUGGAUCAAUAUGAUAACUCUUUAUCAUUACCACUUGAAAACUUUACCGCCAAUAUCAUCCAUGAUAAACGACAGCAGUCAUCCUAAUAAAGAGUUUGUACCUUUACCUAACGAAACACAAUCACUACUAGUGAGCCAUUCAUAUUCCACCCACCAUCACUACUACUACCCCUAACAACUAGUAUGCAAUCUAGGAUUAUUCAUCAUAUUUCUUUACAAUCUAUGAAUCCAUAUUCAAUUCAUGAAUUCAAUAAUACAAAGAAGUGAAUAAAAAAAAAAGAUUAGCCUGACUUCUUCCCUGCUGCUGCC